UGUGUAAGAUUUUUGUAUUAAAAAUGAUUAAUGAAAGUCAAGGCUGAUGAUAUGACUUGAGCUUCUGAUGAUGUUCACAGAUGACAAAUGAAGAGAUACAUGCACAUCACAAUGAUUCCAUGGCACAUCACUUUAUACUGUUGGGAUUUUCUGACCUUCCAAAGCUGCAGGGGUUUCUGUCUGGGGUAUUCGCCAUCAUGUACUUGGCUGUGCUCACUGGAAACAGUCUCAUAAUUAUAAUAAUAAGGCUGGAUCCUAUACUACAGAGACCCAUGUAUUUUUUCCUGGCAAAUUUUUCUUCUUUGGAAAUCUGUUAUGUUUCAGUCACUCUUCCUAGGGUUCUGUUCAACAUUUGGACUCAAGAGAGAACUAUUUCUAGGGUUUCUUGUGCCACACAACUCUGCUUUUUUCUUAUACUGGGAAACACUGAGUGUUUCCUGCUGGCCGUGAUGUCCUACGACCGCUAUGUGGCCAUAUGUAACCCUCUGCACUAUGGUCUCAUUAUGAACCCAAAGAAGUGUGCUCAGCUGGCUGCUGGCUCCUGGCUUGGUGGAAUCCCAGUGCAGAUAGGGCAAACAUGCCAGAUAUUCUCUCUGCAUUUCUGCAAUUCCAACCAAAUCAACCACUUCUUCUGUGACAUCCCUCCCAUUCUCCAGCUGGCCUGUGGGGACACAUCUGCUCAUGAGGCAUCUGUCUAUGUGGUAGUCAUGUUGGUUGCUGCAGUCCCUUUUAUGCUGAUCCUUGCCUCUUACAGCAAAAUCAUUUCCACCAUUCUGAGGUUGCCAACAGCCAAAGGACGGACCAAGGCCUUCUCCACAUGCUCUUCUCACCUGUUGGUUGUGGUUUUAUUUUUUGGAUCUGCUACCAUUACUUAUUUCAGGCCCAAAUCCAGCCAUUCUGCAGGAACUGACAAGCUGCUGUCUCUUGUCUACACUGUGGUGACUCCCAUGCUCAAUCCUCUGAUAUACAGCCUCAGGAACAAAGAUGUGAUUGCUUCAUUGAAAAAAAUUAUUUCACAAUUAUUGCUUUUUUGGAAGAGAAUGGUGAUUGCAGAGCAGCCUAAGAUUGGUAGGGAGCACAGGAAUGAGGGAGGAAGUCCAGGCCUGGUCCCCAGGCAAAGAAGAGAGCUCCACCAGGCAAGGAUAGGUCUCCCCGCCUCCUCUGGACCCACUCCACCUGACUGGAAGCCGGAUCCUGACCCCCAGGUGAAGAAGAGUACUGCGCCUCUGCUGGACCCACUCAUCCCAACAGGGAGCUGGAGCCUGUCCUCAGGCAAAGAAGCCAGUCCAGGCCUCUGCUGGACUUACUUGACACAUCAGGAAGCUGGAGCCUGGCCCCCAGUUUUCAUCUUGGCAUGGUUCUCCUAUGAAUGUAACAUCGUCAGUAAUUUUCUCUGUGCACACUCAGUGGUCAUCCCCAGCUCCUAUUCAAACCCCUACCUCAGCUAA